UUAUCAGCUGAGUGAGGUUAUUUAAAAAGCCUCCAAAAUGAAUUUUGGUAAAAAUAUGUUUUAAUAAACUUUCCAAUGGUUUAUAUGACGUUUGAAUAUGGCUGUACCUUGUGAAAUGUUACUACAUCCCGAACUAUUAACCAACGAACAAUUAAUAUACGUACUUCACGAGCGACAUUUAAGGGUCCCGAACCUAGAAAAUAUGGCAAGAGAUGAAUUGUUACACAUUUUUCAUCAGUAUUGUGUGCCCCACGGUCAAAGAAGAUAUAGAGAUUCAGGAAGAGGAAAGGUGUUAAAUAAGGCACGACCCGUCAGUCCGCCGGCACCCCAGAAAGUAUCUCUAAAUACAGCCUUUAACGCAAGAAAAAUUGUGCACUCGGAUCACUUUGACAGAAUCAAACCACCCCCAGAUUUAUUAAGUGGGCAUAUGAAAAGGAUUAAAAUAGAAAAUAAGGAAAAGGAUGCUUAUUUAAAAAGGAAAAUGUCUAUAGACUCUGAUACACCUGCAACUGACAGUCCGCAACCAAAAAAAGACAGGAAACCUAUAACUUGGCCCUAAUUAGAUGCUUCUUGUAAUGGAAACAAAACAACAGCUAUAGAGGAUCAACCACACCUGCAAGCGUAGCCAACAUGCCAAUCGUUUACGCUUCUUUGCGAACAAAAUGCAACUGUCACUGUCACACUAAUAUGGAAGAAUGAUAGAGAGAGAUGACUAUACUACACUACAGAGUUUUAACUAUUGGCAUGUUGGCUAAGCACACUGAAGUGGAUGCAGUGACAUGUCGUGUGCAUUGCAUUUUUGACAAACAUGUCUGUUAAGCACAGAGGUGGCCAAUCCUUUACAUGAGUGUCACAAAUAUCUUAACACUCUGUUACUAUAAUCAGCUAUAAUCUUAUUUUGAAUUUAUCACACACAUGCCAACAUCCAAUGAUGUCAUAAGUGUGACCUUAUCAAUAUAAGGUAACAAAUUUUAAUCUCACUUGAAAGCAUAAUAAUUAUUAAUUUAACUUUGAUAUCAUAAUAGUUACGCAUUUUUGGUGCUUUGUGCACAACUUAUAACUUCUUCUUCCUCGCGUUAUCCCGGCAUUCUGCCACGGCUCAUGGGAGCCUGGGGUCCGCUUGACAACUAAUCCCAUGAUUUGACGUAGGCACUAGUUUUACGAAAGCGACUGCCAUCUGACCUUCCAACCCAGAGGGUAAACUAGGCCUUAUUGGGAUUAGUCCGGUUUCCUCACGAUGUUUUCCUUCACCGAAAAGCGACUGGCAAAUAUCAAAUGAUAUUUCGUACAUAAGUUCCGAAAAACUCAUUGGUACGAGCCGGGGUUUGAACCCGCGACCUCCAGAUUGCAAGUCGCACGCUCUUACCGCUAGGCCACCAGCGCUUUUUUUUUUUUGUGCACAACUUAUAACACACAAAAUAAUGUGAAGCAAUGUUUUACUAAACAAUUUUUUUUUUAAUAAUAAACAAUAAAAAAAAUGUUUAUUUUUGCAGCUUUAUAGUGUUAGUGAUAGGUUUUAUGUGUUUACCCGACUGCCCUGUGGCUGUGAAGGGUAUGUUCUUUCUUUGUAUAUUUUAGUUUUAAGUAGUACCUAUAAUGACGCUUGAAAAUUAUCAAUUUGGUGACUAAAAGUAGAAUGUAUUUGAAGCAA